AUGGGUGAAGAAGAUGCCGACGGAAACACUUUGGUGAAAGGAAAAAAGAAGGUAAAAAAGACGGAUGGUGAGAUGAAAAAGACCAAAAAGACCAAAAAAGAAAAUAAGGACAAACCGAAGAAACACAAAUCCUCCAAAUCGCUAAUGGCAUCCGGCAACAACGACGACGGUGAAGCCAUGCUGUCACCCAAAAAGCACAAAAAGAAGGAUAGCUCCUACCGUAAAUUGACAGAAGCCCAAGCCUUGCCAGAUGUGGGAGGAUCCUCUCCUGGGGUCCUCUCUCGCAAGAAGAUUGAUGCCGAAAAGGUCAAGAAGAAGUUGAAAUCCAAGACCGGCAAGGUCAAAAAAAAGAAACCCAAGGCCAAGAAAGCUGCUGAGGAACAAGGAGAAGAAGGUACCAAGAAAGAUACCGCGGUGGCGACUCCUGCUGGAGAUGGAGAGGAACCCAAACACCAUACUCUGGAAGUUCUGCAAAAGAAAUUGGAAAAGACCGAACGCAUGUUGCAAGAAACGGAUCCAUCCUCGGGAUUGUACCAAAAGCUCCAAGUCAAGCAACAACAAUACAUUCAAGAACUCAAAGAAAUGGGAGUCGAACAGCAACACGAGGAGAAUGAUGGUCAACUCGGUGAAAUGGGCCUCAACGAUGAUGACGAUGACGAUGACGAGAGUGGCGGUGAAAUGGGCCUGAAUGACGAUAGUGACAAUGGCGGAGAAUACUAUGGCGAAAUGGGCCUCAAUGAUGACGAUGAUGAAGGUUAUGGUGAAAUGGGCCUCAAUGACGAUGAUGACGAUGAAGAUGGCCCCAGAAGCAAGCGAUCCGGAUCCAAUGCUUCCAAUCCAGCGUGGUCUCGAUCCUUUCGGGCCCUCAAGGAAAAGGAAAAGAGACGACAGGACAGUUUGGGACGGCAUCAAGAACGUAAAAAAUCCAUGCGGAAUUCUCUUAAGGAAAAUAAAUCCAUCAAGAAGAGAACUCGUGGAGUUCGUCAAGCAUUGAAAGGGGGCGAGGACUUUGAAGUACCAGUCUUUCAAAAGACACACGAGGAAACCCAGUUUCUCAAGGAAUCGCUACGGGAGGACUUUGUCUUUCAAAAUUUGGAAAAGACAUCCUUUCGUUUGUUUUUGGCUGCCUUUGAAUUGGUAGAAUACAAAAAGGGAGAAGAUAUUAUGCACGAAGGUGAUGUGGGUGAUUACUUUUACGUAUUGGCCGCGGGUAAAGUCAAGUUCUUUGCCAACGGCCGACUCAUUGCAAGGGGCGAACGGGGGCAUUCCUUUGGAGAAGCGGCCUUGUUGUACGCGGCUCCUAGAGCAGCUACCGUCACGGCCGCCGAAGAUUCCAUGUUGUACCGAGUGGACCAACAAACCUUCAAGUUCAUUACCCAAAACAGUGCCCAAGAGAUUCGACAACAAAAAUUAGAAUUGCUGAGAAAUGUCGACUUUUUGGACAAUUUGCUCAAUGAUGAUUUGCAGCGUCUCUGUGACCUCAUGGUUCCGCGCAUUGUACCAAAGGGAGAAUACUUGUACCAAAAGGAUGGCGAAGCCGAUGCCUUUUAUAUUUUGCAGAAUGGAGAAAUGACGGCUACUGAUAUCGUAGUGGGAGACACUACCUUUGAAGAUAUCCUUAUUCAACCGGGAGACUACUUUGGACAAAAUGCUUUGGCGCGAGACUCACCCCGUGAGAACAGUGUCAUUGCCAAAGAAGAAAGUACAGUCUUUGGUAUUGAUCGAACAACAUUCGACAAGGUCUUGGGUAGCUUUUACAAUGUCAUUCUCAAGACGAAUGACCGACAGUUGCUGGGCCACAUUGAAGUCAUCAAGGAUCUUGGAUUGGAUUCCUUCCAGCUUGUCAGUUUGGCGGAACAAGUGGUCGAAGUCCAAUUUAUUCAAGGCGAAGAAAUCUUUGUGGAAGGCGAAGACAUUGAACCAGCUCUUUAUUUAGUACGAGAUGGUACCGUCAAUAUUAGUGUGGGAGAAGGAGAAGACGCCAAAACGGUCCAAGAAGAUGUCUAUUUUGGUGACGAUGUCUUGCUUUCGAAAGAAGACAUUGUUCCGGCGCGGUACACGGUGACCGCUCUGGACGAUGUCAUUUGUGGUUGUUUGACGGUCAAGGCCUGUCGAUUGGUGCUGGAUUUGCAAGCCAAUGACAAUACGUCGGCUUCAGGAUCGGGCAACGAAUUGAGUUUGGCCAGCAGUGCGACUAUGCAACGCCGGGCCGAAUUGGCAGCCUCCUUUGAGAAUGGUGUUCUGACCAUUGAGGAAAUGGAAAAGAUUCGCAUUGUGGGCGAAGGAGAAUACGGCAAGGUGUGGCUCACCAAGGCUGGCGAUUUGGAGGACGAAAUCUUUGCUUUGAAGAUUCAACAGUUGGAACAAGAUGGAGAAUCCUACUAUGACAAUAUCAAACGAGAAGUGGCCACUAUUGGAUGUUUGCAUCAUCCAUACAUUGUGGGAUUGAUCAAUUCCAAAUUCACGGGCAAUGAAUGUUUCAUGGUGAUGGAUUUCAUUUCCGGUGGAGAACUUUGGAGCGUCGUUCAUCGGGAAUACCCCGAUGGCCGGUGGGAAUCUGGAAUAUCGGCGAAGGACGCCCAAUUCUACUCGUUGAUCAUUGCCGAUACCAUUUCGUACAUGCACCGUCGGAACAUUUUGUUCCGUGACUUGAAGCCGGAAAAUGUGAUGAUUGAUGCGGAUGGCUAUCCCAACAUUAUUGACUUUGGAUUUGCCAAGGUGUGUGAAGACAAGGCCUUUACCUUCUGUGGAACACCAAACUAUGUCGCGCCCGAGAUUGUUCUGAAUGCUGGGCAUGGUGUGGGAGUUGAUCACUGGGCAUUGGGUGUAAUGAUUUACGAGAUGCUUUCGGGAGAAAACCCCUUCUGGUAUGAGGGUAUUGAUACGAUGACAUUGUACGAGAUUGUUGUGAAGGAUGAACCGUAUCCAUUGGAAAAGGAACAUUCGGAUCCUAUAGUGGAGAAUCUCAUUGAUGGUUUGCUCGAAAAAGAUCCAUCACAACGAUUGGGAGUCUUGGCUGGCAAAGACAAGGACAUUCUCUUUCAUCCAUGGUUCGAUGGAUGGGAUCUUCAAGAGUUGCGGCACAAGAAAAUAAAAGCACCAUGGUUGCCGCCAAAGGAUUAG